AGCAGGCACAGCAGGCACAGCAUCACUAGGAGCCCUUUCCUGCCUGUACCCCAACUCCUCACAGGGCUGCCCUCUCCAGCCAGGCUAAGGGCACUGGGUGCCAGACCCUAAGCAGCAGGGUCUCUUAUCCUGGGCACACACAGACCCUGCCUCCUCCUCCUGCUGCUGCCCCAUUGGCUGGGAUUGGUGCUCUAUUGAUUGAGGAGCUGAGCUGAGUGCCUGUGUCUCAUUCCCCCUCCUGGCAGCCCUGUCCUCCUCUACCUCCCCGAGAUGCUGAAAGUCACUCUCCCCUCCUCGUCCUCCUCGUCUUCCUCAGCAUCCUCCACUACCUCCUCCUCCUCCUCCUCUUCCUCCAGGUCUGGCAGCACAGCACCGGAUUACUGGAUCGAUGGCUCCAACAAGGACACCUUGGCCCAUUACUACGAGCUGGAGUCCGAGCUGGGACGGGGUGCAACAUCGGUUGUGUACAGAUGCAGGCAAAAAGGAACUCAGAAGCCUUACGCAGUCAAAAUGUUGAAGAAAACUGUAGAUAAGAAAAUUGUAAGAACAGAAAUUGGAGUUCUUUUGCGUCUUUCACAUCCAAAUAUUAUAAAACUAAAGGAGAUAUUUGAAACCCCUACAGAAAUUAGCCUUGUUCUUGAACUGGUGACUGGAGGUGAAUUGUUUGAUAGAAUUGUGGAAAAAGGUUACUACAGUGAGCGGGAUGCUGCAGAUGCCGUAAAACAAAUUUUAGAAGCCGUUGCGUAUUUACAUGAAAAUGGAAUUGUUCACCGAGAUCUCAAGCCUGAAAAUCUGCUCUAUGCUACACCAGCUCCAGAUGCUCCACUGAAAAUUGCUGACUUUGGACUUUCAAAAAUUGUAGAUGACCAAGUGACAAUGAAGACUGUGUGUGGAACUCCCGGCUACUGUGCUCCAGAAAUUCUCAGGGGUUGUGCCUAUGGGCCUGAAGUGGACAUGUGGUCAGUGGGUAUUAUCACCUAUAUAUUACUUUGUGGCUUUGAACCAUUUUAUGAUGAACGUGGAGACCAGUACAUGUUCAAGAGGAUUCUCAACUGUGAUUAUGACUUUGUCUCCCCCUGGUGGGAUGAUGUAUCACUAAAUGCCAAGGACUUGGUAAAGAAGUUAAUUGUGUUCGAUCCAAAGAAACGCCUGACUACUCACCAAGCUCUUCAACACCCCUGGGUCACAGGCAAAGCUGCAAAUUUUGCUCAUAUGGACAAUGCUCAAAAGAAACUGCAAGAGUUCAAUGCAAGACGCAAGCUCAAGGCAGCUGUUAAAGCUGUGGUUGCCUCCACUCGCCUAGGGAGUGCUGGGAGCCACAGUAGCCAUGACAGCAAUAAAACAAGCAGAAACCCAUCUCCAGUUCAAGAGAGUGGACGGGAAGAGACGUCCACUCAGGAGUCUAAAGAGACAGAGAAAGGAGCAUCUUGAGUCUACAUUAUUCAUAUUCGGGUCCGGGUCUCUGCCAUUUCAUGCACCAGCUACAUCAAUCUUUAUCUUCGCAGGAAAGAUUCCCUAGCAUGGCACUGAGAUAGGUCUUAUUACGGGGUGCUAUGAAAUGCACGAGUUGGUGGUACUUUGUUCAAUGCAUGUGACUGCUUAUCAAAAUAGUAAAAUGGCUGACCUGAGACAUGGAAGGUGUAGUGCUGUAUCUACACGUGAACUAUGACUUGGGCAAAUAUUAUUUCAAAUAUAACCUUGAUAUGCAUAGUAUCUACACUGUAGAUGAUGUUUGAAGUGCGUAGUGUUUCAUUUUACAAUUUUAUAAAGGUAAUGGACUUUAUAGAGGAUAUUCUACUAGUAUAGAUUCUCAUUUCAUAAUCUUGCCAUGUUGCUGGGAUUGAUAUUAAUAAUCUACAAGAAACAUGUCCAUCACUUGCGUCACAUCACUUCUGUUUACAAGAAUAUGCAUUGAUACAAAAGAAAUAGAAACAUUCCAUUGGUAUACCGUCAAUGCAUAGUCCAAGGGGCUGGAACAUGAUAUGUUAACAUAGCUUGCAUUAAGAAUGCCUUAUGAUUACACUUUAUAUACAGUAUUUUAUUAACCAAAAAGCAAUUUCAUAGAUCUGUCAUUGUAUUGUCUAGAAAUGGAAUGCUUAAGAAUUUAAUGAUAAGCAACAAUAAUAAUAAAAGUGCAGUAACGUAUCAGAAUAGAAUUGAUCUAUAAAUUUAGAUGGAUUUUUAAAGGCGCUAGAUAAUGGAAGCAGAAAGUCAUAUAGAGUUAAAAUAUACUACUUGUAAAUUUUUUUGAUAUAUCAGGGUUUAUUUAAGAGACUAUUGUAACUUCUUUCUGUUUAAAGCUCACAUUUAUCGUUGGAAUGCUCAUCUCUACUAUUAAGAUUUUUCCUUUUUUAAUUAAACUAUAAAGCAAU